AACUCCUCACUUUUAAAUAACCCCUGGUAUGCAGCUAAAAAAAUUGUGUUUACUCUUGCACGUGUCACAAAACUACAAUACCCAGGAUGCAAAAGCUCCUCAGUAAGGGAAGUCUAAUUGUAAGCCGCUUGGAUAAAAAAAGCCCACCGCUGAAGUAUUGUGUUACACGACAGGAACCCGGCUAACCUUUAAUAGGGCAAAGACGAAAGAAAGUAACCCCACUGGUCACGCACGCUAAAUCUCUCGCAAAUAUGCCAAAUAUACCGCAACUGGAUUUGACACCACAAAUUUGGAUCUCAAGUGCCAGAAGACGAAGCUGGGAGAUCGAGCUGUAACUAUAAACUGUAUGGAUUUAUACUUUGCAAAAAUACUUUUUCUUUUUACUGACGGACUUUUCCAAUUAUGGAUCAUCAACUAUCCACGGGACUUUGUAGUGGAGCGUAAUGGCGCAUUAUUGGACUGAGCCUAACAGGUGUUACUGGGAUAUUUUUUAUUACCUAUCAAAUGCUCCCAUGAGCUGACAUGCUUAUUUUGGGAUCCUUUAAUACACUUUAUAUACUUAUAUAUUUAUUUAACGUCCUUAUAAUGUUUCUUUCUUUUUGUUGAGCAAUGACUUUUCUGUUAUAUUAAAAAUCAUGUUAUAAUUUAACUGUAAUGAGGGUUUUUUUUCGUGAUGGGUGUUUCAGCUAGUAGUUUUCACAAUGGGAUGUAUACAGAGUUUAAAACCCAAACCAAGUUUUCAAGAAAACAUCACAGUACUUGAACUGCACACAUCCAUUGAUCCCAACCCGACUGUCAUCGAUGAAUCCUCCGAUGUGGUUCUGAGAUAUCGCACUCCUUACUUCAGGGCUUCAGCUCAGGUUCUGGUGCCACCUGUAACUUGUAAAGAGAUCUGGACUGUGGGUUGGAUCCAGGCUUGCAGUCAAAUGGAUUUCUUCAAUGUAUAUGAAAAUGAAGGAGUUUCCAGCUGGGAGCUGCCAGAAAUAAAAUGCGGGCACAUCCAGGCGAUCAGUGAUUCCGAUGGCGUGAAUUAUCCUUGGUACGGUUGCACCACCGAGAUGUACACAGUUGUGGGUCCUACUAAGAAAAGCACCAUACUCACCGUCAGUAUGAAUGAUAACUUCUGUCCGAGUGUAACCUGGAGCGUCCCCGUUGGCACAACCAGCAGCCCUCCUCUCCUGAGCGCCAUCCAGAGAGACCAACGCUUUACCACUUGGCUGGUAGCCAUGAACGAAGCCACGGCCGAGAUGGUGUUACUCAGAACCAUCCGCUGGAGAAUGCAGCUGUCUAUUAAAGUGGAUCCAAAGAUGCCUUUGGGCCAAAGAGCUGUGCUUGUGGAACCACUGAUCCAGGAACAGCCUCAAGUCCUGGUUAGGAAUGAACCCAUCCCAUUAAAUGCCUUAGUUAAGCCUAAUGCAAAUGAUGCCCAGGUUCUAAUGUGGCAGCCGAAAAACGGGCGACCUGUUGUUGUUAUCCCUCCAAAAUACUAAGCCAUGAAGAAAUUUCCCUUCCUGCUUGAACUUUGAUGUUUUUAAGCUUGUGUGAAUCAGUGAGAAUAAUAUUUACAGGGAUUUUGUUUCUAAAAAAAUUAUUAUUUGUGUAUUUAUUGAGUGUUAGACGGCUACAUUUAAGGACACGAGCUUAACACGGUGUAUUGUUUGGAUUGUAAAAAUGUAGAACCCUGAGAAUAUUUCAGUUUCUGGAUAUUUUAAUAUUUGUCAUUUGCAAGACAAAGCGUUUUGUGGCCUUUGCAUACCUCACCCUAGAUUGAAAUGUUGCCUUUGGUUUAUAAAACUGUAUGUUUCCAAUGCAUGCCAAGUUGAAAUUGUGCACACAGUUUAAACAUUUGAGGCAUAUUGUCAGAUGUGCCCAAAGUUUUACACACUAUAUACAGAGAACGUUGCCUUUUUUUUAAAAGCAACACUAUGUAGUUUCCAUGUAAGAUUGGCUUACGGGUCCCCCAUGUGGUAAGACAUUAUUUAAAGGUCGAAAAACUACAGAGUGUUGCUUUAAUGUAACAAUUGCAAACAUGUCACAUGUGGAUUGUGCGCAUGGUGUCUUAUGAGAUUAAGACUGAACUUAUACUGUGAACUAUUUACUGCAGCUGUUUUCAAAUGUUUUAGAGGGAGGUUUGCUGGAGCAAGUUGUGUGUUUCAGGUACUCUUAUUUUUUAUGAAUUUGGAGUUUUGCAGCCUCUAUCACAAUAAAUCAUCAGGUUUUGGGGUGUGCUUUUCAUAAUCUUGCUGCUUAACUUGAUAAAUUCAGUCAAAGCAUUACAAAAGGGUUGUCAUGACAGCUCCAGCUUUAGGAAGUUGGUUAAGCUAAAUAUUUGGAUGAAUAAUACAUGUUAAUCAUAGCAUAGCCCAUAUGGCAAAAAUAUAGUUUCAAACAUAUUUUAAAUAUAUUU